GCUUUAUGAAGAGGUGUGAGUAACCUGCUCUGCAACCAUGGGGAAAAGGAGGGUUCCAGAUCUGUACAGAGCUCCGUUUCCCUUAUACUCCAUCAAAGUUGACCCUAAAACAGGGCUGGUGAUCACAACAGGAGGAGGAGGUGCCUCCAAGACGGGCAUAAAGAAUGCUGUGCAAUUCCUGGAUCUUCAGCUGGUUGGAGAACGCCAGUACAGUGCCAGCCUCCUUCACUCUCAUGACACUGACAUGCGUGCCAACAUGAACAUGGCUGUAGCUGAUGGUGUAAUCGCUGUGGGACAAGACGGGGCCUGCUGCCUGAUGAGCUUUAAACACCGUACACAGAAAGACGGAGGCAAAGCUGCUGCUAAAAAUGCAGGGAACAAUGUGCAGCAGAGUAGUGCCAGGCGACGAGCUGGGAAAGGAGACAAAGCUGGACAGGAUGGAGCUGCAGCCUCUGGGGAUGCGUCCGAUAUGAAGAAUGAGACCGCUCACAUCUCUGUGAAGGUUUUGGCUGAAGUGCAGUCGGACCUGAACCCUCAGGAUCCACUACAGAAAGUAGUUCGCUUCAGUCCUGACCUGAGCCUUUUGCUGACUGGAGGAACAGACGGACACAUCCGAGUCUGGGAGUUUCCAUCCCUAAAGAAGAAGUUUGAUUUCAAGGCACAUGAAGGAGAGAUUGAAGACUUGGAUAUGAGUCCAGGGAACAAGCACCUGGUGACUGUUGGCCGGGACUUUUCCUGCAGUGUGUGGACUGGCAACCAGUUGGCAAUGGGCCUGAAAUGGCAUGAAACCUUGCCUGAGAUGGCUGAGAAGACUUACCGAUACCUGGCUUGCAGGUUUGGAAUAGUAGAAGACCAGAAAGAUGCCCUGAGACUCUACACAGUGCAGAUCCCCCAUAAAAGAGAAAGAAGACCUCCUCCUUGUUACCUCACCAAGUGGGAAGGCAAGAGCUUCCUGCCCAUGCUGACGGCUCCCUGUGGCGCUGAGGUCAUCUCCACUCUGGCUGUCAGUGACUCUGGAACAUUUCUUGGACUUGGAACUGUGACAGGAUCAGUAGCUAUCUACAUUGCGUUCUCCCUUCAGAAGCUGUACUAUGUCCAGGAGUCUCAUGGUAUUGUUGUGACAGACCUGGCCUUCCUUCCCGACUUGCUGAUAAAAGGCAAAUCUAUCAAAGGGAAUAAUGAAACGGCCCUGCUGAGUGUGGGUGUGGACAGCCGCUGUCAAGUACAUUCUGUAGCCAACCGAAGAUCCUUCCCGAUCUGGCUGGUGCUGUUCUUCUGUGGCCUCAUGGUGGUGGGAGUCAUCCUGCUCCUACAGUACAUGUUUCCUGGAUUUAUUUAAACCAGCAAAGCACGAACACAUCUUCACAUGACUUCUUUUGCCACUGUUGACAUCAGUGGUCCUCAGUCCUACAUCCAAAUGUCCCAGUGCUCUCCUGCUGCUCCCAGCUGAGUCCCUCCUGCUGCAGCGCGGACUCUGAUUAGCUGUUACUGCACCCUGACAUUGUCCACCCAUGGCUCUUACUCAGGGUUGUUCCUCUCAGAUUUAUGAAGCCAGUGGAAUCAUGCCUGGACAGACUGUGGAUUUUUACUUUGUUUUCUAUCAAUUAGUCUUAAUCAUGUAUGAAAAACCUGUUUGAGAUUUGAAGGACUCUGGUUCAUGAAUGUUUAAAGGGUGGGAAUAUUUUUAUUGUCAUAUUUAAAGAAAAAUGUAAAAUUAUAUAAAUGAUUGGCACAUAAUGUGUCCCGAGUUGCUCUUAUCUGCUAAGUAUUUGUGUCUAUACAGUUGCGACAUCCUCACCAAACAGAACAGACGUUGGAAAAGAAACAGGCUGUUCAUUUACGAAAAAAGGAAAUCAAAAGCUGCACAUUCCCUUCUUUUAUGAGAACAUUGCUAGACGUUGCCCAACAGAUGUUAAAAAAUGUGAAUGGAUUUUAAAAAUUAUCCCUAUAUUGUUCUAAUUGACAUGGACAAAUGUAAGAAAUAAAAUAUCAGUAAGAAACACAA